AUGACCUCAUUGGUUCCUCCAGAAUCAAUUAAACCGUUUCUGGACUCGUAUUUGCCGCAGCCAAAACCAAACGGUCUGCCUUUUGUUACACUAACUUAUGCCCAGUCGCUGGACUCGAGGAUCUCCGUAGCCAAAGGGAAACAAACGGUUAUCUCCCAUCUGGAGACCAAGAGCAUGACUCAUUAUAUCAGGCAUUUCCACGAGGCUAUUUUAGUUGGAAUUGGUACUGUUCUUGCAGAUGACCCUAAAUUGGAUUGCAGAUACUUUGAAAAGGCAUCCAAGAAACAUCCCAUAAGGCCAAUCAUCCUUGACCCGGACUUCAAGAUGAGAUCCCUUUAUAACUCAUCCACAAUGAAAAAGGUGAAUGCGCAAAAACCAAUUAUUUUUAUUGGAGAUCACGUGGUAAUAGACGAGGUUAUUGAGCUGGCUGUUGUUCCCCUUCCUUUGGUGAAUGGCCAGAUGCGUUGGAUGGAUAUCCUCAAGGCUUUACAGGGAAUGAGGAUCAAGUCCGUGAUGGUUGAAGGAGGAGCUAAGGUUAUCAAUGAUCUGUUGGUGUAUGAGUAUGAGGGCAAACACGUGGUUGAUAGUCUGAUUGUGACGAUUGGGUCUACAUUUCUGGGGUCUCAGGGUGUUGAGGUGAGUCCCAGUCGGGGUCUUGAGCUGAAAGACGUAAGCUGGUGGACUGGUGAACGGGAUGGGGUAAUGGCUGCAAGAAUUGGGUAG